GAAGGACAGAGGGGAGGAAGUGGGGAGGAAGGGGGAGGAGGAGGUGCUUCUGUUACUGUACAUCCUCGGCAGCAUCCAGAGCCGGAGGGCGGUGCAGACCCCUGAAGAAACAGUCAGCCUGCGGAUGCUGACCGAAGGAUGCGGCGGUCAGGAGAGGCUUAUGGAGGGAAGUAUCAUAUGUGGUGAUUCUGCUGAAAACAAGCUCAGUGCGCUGCAUGCGGAGGAAGGAGCAACUAUGAGAACAACAACCCUCCUUUGUCUGGAAAAUCUGAAUGAAUGCAGGAGAAAAAACAGACAACAAUAGUUCAUUUUCCUCAGGAGGUCAGGAGGGCUUGGUUUCUGGUCUUUUCUUUUUGCCUUUUUAAGAACCUUCUUGGGACACGUUGUUCAGAAGUGAUCUGUUGGUCGGUGGGAUGAGGGAGACAAAGCAGCACCUGUGAAGCCAAGACUGUGCGUAAACAUCCAGCUCAAGAUCUGCUAAUGAGUGUUUAAAGGCUCAGUGCCAGGGAUGACCAUGACGGAGAGGUGAUGCAAUUUCAUGAAAGCUGUCACUUCUGAUUUACAGCUGAGGCCCGACGCAUCUGUCCUCUGCAUCUUCAAGGCUGGACAUCUCUGAGAGGAUUACAGGCCUCAGUAAACAAAAAAAACAUUCCAGUGCCGCGGCCCUGUACGCACCGACUGACACCGAUCGGGCUGCUUUCCGCCGGUAGAUGCUCUUUUCUCUGACGCUCUUCCUGUGCAGGCUCUAUCGACAUUUCUCCAUCAUGUUCAGCUCAGACAGACUCACAGUUCCGGAGUAUGUGAGCCGCCUGCAGAGAGGGAGGAGCGGCUCCGGAGGCGACCCCAAGGCCAUCUCUCCGGGGAUCAAUGCGGACGUCCAGGCGGUUCUGGAGACCUCGCUCCCCGCCCUGCGCUCCGCCAUCAGGAGGCUGAAGUCAGCCAAGGAGACCUCGGAUUCAGAUGACACCCGCAGAGCCAUCGCGGAGCUCUAUCAGCUGGUGGAGGAGGCCUGGGUUCUGCCCACCGUGGGCCGUCAGGUGGCCGAGGAAAUCUGCAACAGGAUCCGGCUGGAUGGCGGCCUGGAGCUGCUGCUGAAGCUGCAGCAGACACCUGCCGUGGAGAUCACCUAUGAGUCUGCAAAACUGCUGGAGCAGAUCCUGAUCUCAGAGAACAGGGACUAUGUAGCACGCAUGGGUCUGGGAGUCAUCCUCAACCUGAGUCGACAGCAGGAGGAUGCUCAGCUGGCUCGCAGCGUCUCCGGCAUCCUGGAGCACAUGUUCAAACACACCGAGGAGACGUCCGUCCAACUCAUCUCUAACGGCGCCCUGGACGCCCUCCUGUUCUGGUGCCGAGGCACGGAUCCCAUCGUGCUGCGUCACUGUGCCGUGGCACUGGCCAACUGUGCCAUGUACGGAGGCCACCGCUGCCAGAGAUGGAUGAUCGAGAAGCAGGCGGCUGAGUGGCUUUUCCCUCUGGCAUUCUCCAAAGAGGAUGAACUCAUUCGCUUCCACGCCUGCUUGGCUGUGACUGUGCUAGCUACAAACAAAGAAAUUGAGAAAGAAGUGGUGAAAUCAGGAACGCUGGAGCUGGUGGAGCCGUUCAUCGCUUCUCUGGAUCCGGAUGACUUCGCCCGCAGUUUACUGGACAGUGCAGACUGCAUGCAGGGGAAGACAGCGUCUGACCUGCAGCACCUCUUACCUUUACUGGAUGGAACAAGGCUGGAGGGAAAGUGCAUCGCAGCCUUUUACCUUUGUGUUGAGACCAGCAUCAAGUCCCGUCAGCGGAACACGAAGAUAUUUCACGAGAUCGGUGCAGUGCAGAGCCUGAAAAGAAUCGUCAUGUACACCAGUAAUGGCACAGCUGCUUCCCUCGCCAAGCGGGCGCUGACCAUGAUGGGAGAGGAAGUACCAAAACGAAUCCUGUCUUCUGUGCCCAACUGGAAAACCUGUGAAGUGCAGACGUGGCUGCAGCAGGUUGGCUUUAGUGCCUAUUGCGACCGCUUCCAGGAGCUUCAGGUGGACGGAGAUCUCCUGCUGAACAUCACGGAUCACGAUCUGAGCUCUGAUCUGGGAAUGACUGCAGGCCUCACCCGCAAAAGGUUUCUGAGAGACUUGCGUGUGCUGAAGACUUACGCCAACUACGCCACGUGUGACCCGAACAACAUGGCCGACUGGUUAGUGGAGGUGGACCCUCGUUUCCGUCAGUACACCUACGGCCUGGUCCAGUCAGGAGUGGAUCGCAACAAUGUCCAGCACCUCACCGACUCGCAGCUCCAGCUAGACUGCCGAAUAGACAACGGAGUCCACAGAGCAAAGAUACUGAACGCGACCCGCCGGCCUCUAAAGCCCUGUCACACAGACGCUCAGCCUGCAGGACCAGACGUGUUCAUCAGCUACCGGCGAGUCACCGGCUCCCAGCUGGCCAGCCUCCUGAAGGUGCACCUGCAGGUUCGAGGUUACAGUGUCUUCAUCGAUGUGGAGAAGCUGGAGGCGGGUAAAUUCCACGACAAGCUCAUCCAGAGCGUUCAGAGGGCUCGCAACUUCAUCCUGGUCCUGUCCGCCAACGCACUCGACAAGUGCAGGGACGACACUGAAAUGAAGGAUUGGGUGCAUAAGGAGAUUGUCACGGCUCUGGCUGGUAAGAAGAACAUAGUUCCUGUCACAGAUAAUUUCAUGUGGCCCGACCCCAUGACUCUACCAGAGGACAUGAGAGCUGUUCUCAACUUCAACUGCAUCAAAUGGUCCCACGAAUACCAAGAGGCCACAAUCGAGAAGAUCCUCCGCUUUCUGAAAGGACACCAAGACCAAAUCGACGGCUCAGACGCCUCCAAAGGGCAGAAGAAGAAAUAACCUGACAUAAACGCAGUUAGACCUCAGCUAUAAAAACGAUUUGUGACGCCAAAUUCCACAUGUUCUUUGGUAAACUGUCCAGCAGCUUUCCCUGCUCUGCCCAAAUGCAUGUGAAGUGAACUAGAUUACACGUUCACCAAACGCCUAAUAUCGAUAGACUCACUUAAGUAUGAACAAUAGUUUAAAAACUAUAGGAUUGUAUAUAGUGAACUGUAAGCCUUUAAUGUUAGCUCCUCUCAUACUGCUGUAUAUGUGUAAUAAGGCACAGUAUACGCCUUCUGUAUCUCAGGAAACUAACUGUGAUCAGCCGUCACUGGCACCCAGCAAACAGCAAUCCACUAACACUUCAAUCUGCAUUCAAGUUACUUUAUAUGUAAUCAUCUUUUCUUUACCGUGGACACAUUAGAAGGACCAAAGCUGAUCUCAGACUUUCUGACAUGUCUGUUUUAUUGAGUUUUGUUGUAUUAAGUAUGAUGGGAAAGAAACCUUUCGUAGCAAAUUUACUGAUUUGUUCAUGAUGAGAAUGUGGAUGUCGACUAAGCCGCAGUCAUGAUGGAGUAUUGAACAGGAAUAAAGUGCAGAUGCAGUGAAAAGUAUCCAUGUAGUAUUAAAAUCUUUCUGUUACUAAAGCACAUUAAAGUGACUUUGACAUGCAUUAACCUACAGAACUCAAAAAUACAGUUUUACGACUGCUGUACUGCAAAACAUUAAACGAGACUGUCCUCACUGAAAAAAUGACCACAUAGGUCGUCUGUACACGCCCGUAUUACGACCGAGUGUUACGUUUUGAAGUUAAGCGACCUCUAGCAGUUGAGUAAAUAUCGACACUCCGGUGUCUCAGCUGAAACGUCAUCAUGAACAAACUUUUACCUAACAUUAACCCUAAAACCGUCUUGCGAAAGUGAGGGAAAAGCCCUUUCGCGUAUUAAAUCCCGUAAUGCCUUCCUGUCUCCCGUAGGGGCGCUAACCUAAAUACGCUCUCAUUGGUUGUAUUCAGGGACAUGUUACAUACGACCUGUGUGGUCGUAUGAAUUUGAGGACUUGUUGCAUUAAACUAUCAUUUAAUACUG